AUGAGAACCAAUUUUGCGGCACUUCAAGUUGCCGCCAUCGCAUUUGGGCAGUUGGCAUCGGCCACUCCGUCCCCCCAAAGCUAUGUCAUUCCCGGCAAACAAAUCGAUGGAAUAACUGGAACAGACACCGUAGUUGGUCUCACGGCCUUUGAUGGUCCUCACAUAUCCGUGAAUAAUGUAUCCGCCUAUCAGUGGUGGUACUUUGAUGUCGUUUCUGAUGAUUCGAAGGCUGCGGUCGUUGCCCAAUUUUAUCCUGCCUGGUUUACCAAUGACAGUGCAGUUUUGCUCAAUAUUGUCUGGCCCAAUGGAACGACUUUUGCUGAGAUGAUUCCCGUGGGCACUCUAGAGCUACAGACUGUGAAUGAUGGCUCUCAAGGCUACGUGGAAGACGGUGCUAUGACCUGGUUUGGUGCAUCGGACCUUAGUGCAUACCAUCUUUCUCUCAACCUGCCCAAUGUAGGGGUCUCAGGCAGCAUCCUGAUGCGCUCCAGGGCACCUGCCCAUGUUGCUUGUGGUCUCAGCCGCCCAGGGGCCUCUUUCGAGUUUUGGGGAAAUUCAAAACCCGAUUCUUAUGCUACGGUUGAUAUGGAUAUCAACGGCACAAGCCUUUCAUUCGAUGGAUCUGGAUAUCAUGAACAGAACUGGGGCACCGAUGCCUUCAUGAACGGCCUUACUCAGUGGUUUUGGGGGCACUCUAACGUGGGAGAAUACUCGCUCGUCUUCUUCUACCACAUUGAUGACAGCUUAAGAAUCACGCCUAGCGGCUACCUAUCUAAGAAUGGGGAACCAAUUGUAUCUGGAUGCUCUAACAUCGAGGUAAUUCCACAGGGACUUGGCACUUCUGUUUCUUUAAAUGCGAGCGUUCCGGUAGAAAGCAGGGCUAUCAACCUCGACAUCAAGGAUCAUGGCAAGUUUGCUUUUACAAUGAGGAAUGAACGUGUCGCAUCCUUCCUCCAGCGCUCCGGUGUAUACCCGAUGGGUUGGUCAUACAACGGGAGGCCAUGUGGUUGA